CUGUGACCGCCAUAAUCGUCAUCAUCGUCAUAAUGGCAGUGUGACAGAAUGUAGGGAAAGUGUUGUCUGCGUACAAAAAUGUACUAGCACUUCGGCUCGGGAAAUGUACAAAUUAAAUUUUAUGGGAUGAAGUGGAAAAUCAGCAAUAGUGAAUAAUUAGCAUUUUGGUUUUGGAAGUGGAUGAUUUUUCUUGUAAUCUGACUAUUUUAGUUUGUACUUUCCUCAAGUCGUGGUAGUGCCUUAUUACUAGAGCACGAAGAUGAAUAACAGAAUAGUACGUAAUCCAGAAUUGGAAGCUAUAAGGAAGACGGCAAUGGAAAAAGAAUUAGAAGAAUUACCAAAUUUAGAGCAAAGAAUUGCUGAAUUGCAAACAAAAAUGUCAAGGGUUCAUGCAGCUUUUCUCUUUGAUUUACUGGGAUCAGAGACUCUGAUGAUGAUAUGCCUGUGGCUGAGUUCUACUAAGUCCUCUUACAAUUCAGCUGGAUGGGAAGAGUUUGGUAUUCAUCUUGGAAUAAAUCCUUUGCUGAUAAAGUGUAUAAGAUACAAUUUCAGUUCCCAAGAUCCAACUUAUAACACUUUACUGGCAUUUGUACAGCAUGAAGAUGCAACAUUAUACAAGAUUGUUAAUGCUUUGAAGAGAAUGGGAAGACCUGAUGUUAUUAAUAUGACACUUGACCUAAUGUCAGGUCUGGCUGAUAAUGUCAUGGGAAGUAACACGUGCAAUGAAGAAAGCGGUUAUUUUUCAAUUUCUUCUGGUCAUUCAGACACCAUGAGUGAUACUGAAAUCAGUAACAGAAGCAACAUCAUCCGACCUCUUCAGAUUCCACCUGCUCCCUUCAUAUUUCGAGAGAUUGGUUCCCAGCAUCUUGCCUCACAAUCACAUACAAGAACUGAGGAUUUAGAGGAGGAGAACUACCAAACUGCAGUUAUUAGAUCCAAACCAAUGAUGAAAUACACAUGUAAAGUCCUGUUAACAUUUGCAUCUGAUGGCUUCCACACAGCACAGCAAAUUGCCACAGAAUUUCGUAAGAAGAGGGAAAAUAUGCAUUGCAUUGGAGUAGUAAUUUUGAAUGAGCAUUCAGAUCUUGUAAAUAGCAACCCUGAGCAGUUCAUAUCAGCAUGCUUCCAUCAGGUGGACUAUGUGGUUCCAGUCAUCACAGACAACUACCUUAAGACUGUUUCUACCAGAGAUACUAUGACAGGAAGUUCAUUGCUUUGCAUGGAUACUAAAUACAUCAAAUAUAUAUACACCUUGAUGACCACAUACUAUUUGAGAAAUGGGUGCAUCAAUGACCGGAUAAGAUGUGUUGUACCAGACAGUUCAGUGCAUUUGACACAAAGACAUCCCAUUAUGGCUAGACCACUGUUCCAGGCGUGGGUCCGUUCAAGCGAGGUAGAACAGUUGUGUCUUCGAAUGCUUCGAUCUAGAUUUUGAGGUGACGGUGUAAUUGAUAGACUUACAUGAUAUAUGUACAAUCUAAACUGUGGCAGGAUGCAGCGUGUUGUAUUGUUGGGCAGUGAGGUACAGUUGAUCCUUCACUUUCAAAUGGUUCAUGUUCCACAGCCCCAUUCAUAGAGUGCCUCAUCAUAUGAGCACAACCUAUAAUAUUGUGUCUAGUUUACUUUAUAAAUGAAUAUUACAAAGAACAGUACAUAUCCACGGACAAAUAAUGGUUGUGUGUCAAGUACUCAUAUGUCAAGUACCAAGUACACAUAAAGUAGUCCUUCUUUUAAGGUGUACAGAGACUCUUGAUUGUCCAUGUGUGGACCCUCAGAUUUCAUUAAAAUUUCCUGUGAUGUUAAGGUGCUGCCCAGUACAUCUGUAUCAAUAAUAAUUUACAAUUUGCAGCAGAUUAUACAUGGUAUCAUACUUCACAACUUUCUGCUUUAUUAUUUUAUUGUUUUUCUCAUGGGCAUACUACCACUGAACAAUGGUCACUGUCUUCUGUUGGAAAGAUAUUUAUCUUGGUGUCUAGCGACCAGUAAGUGGUAACUGAGUUUCAUGGUUCAAUGCAGCAUAGAAAGUUGGUAUUUCCAGAUAUCUGGAUUAUCUGUUUUUUUUAUUAUCUGCAUUACUUCUCCCCUUCAUUGCUAUGGAUAAUCUAGUGUUCACUGUACUGUUUUAUUAUGUUUUGUUUCUGUAGAAUUUUUAUACAGUAAGUUUGAGGAGAAAAUGUUCAGAGGGAUUUUGUUUUGUGCUAUAUAUAUUCACUCUGUAAUUCAAAUGCGAGGAUCUAGUUGCUCCAGAUUGCAUGAGAAGCAUAAUGAGGAUUAUGCUGGAAAUUAAAACUGUUUGUUUCCUUAAUAUCAGAAUAACAUUUGCAAUUUAGUUAUUACUUACUUUAUGCAACACAUUUAAUGUGCUAAUUAUAUAAUUCUUAUAAUUAAAAUGUAGCAUUAUAAAGGUA